AUAAAAAGCGUUCUGGAACUUUACACAUAUAUAAAAGCUUAAAAUGAUUUACCAAAAGAUAAAGUGUGAAAGUUGGGCGGGAGUUCGGAGAACAGGAUGAAGGGGAUAGAGAAUAUUUAUGAAUUUAUGUUUUUUCAAAGGACGCUGAUUUUUUGCAUGUGAACUCUAAAAUAUCUACUUUUUAUUCAUACAUUCUUGUGUACUUCUGAGCUUUUCGAGGCUAAACCAUAAUUAUUCCAGAAAUAAAAUGCUAUUACUUAUAUCUUUAGAUCUUUAAUUUAGUUCAAGGGAAACCCAGUCCUAGUGAACCGUUCCCCGGAGCAUAAACAUUCAGCUAUAAUGAAUAAUGCUUAGAGGGAGGAAACCAAAAGAUAUUCAUAAAAAUUGCGCUCAAACAGAAGAUACAAAUGUAUUUGAAUAAAAAAUAUUAACUGCGAGUUUCCAAUAUGGAAUUAAAGAGUUCCUUAACAUAAAAGUGGCAAAAUUAAACUGCAACUAGGUUUAUAAAUUUGUAUUUGAGAGCAAUAUUUUAACUUUAAAUUGUGUUUCAAUACAAUUUCUUAGGAAUUAUUAUUAUUUGUGUCAUAGACAGGAAUUUGGUUUAGCCCCCGGAGACACUAAAAAACGUUGGAUGCAGAGAAAAGAAAUGCAAGAAAGAAACUCAUUUAAACAUAAAAAACUCAUGAGGCCAGAUGGAUGGGUAAUCAAAAAGUACCUUUCUGAAGAGUUGAAUCCAGAUAGAUGGAGGAAAAUAUCUAGAAGCACUGAUGCUAAUGCUAUAAAAAUAUUUAAAAACAAAUGCUCCUCUAGCAUUGAAAAUGCUGGGGAAGAGUCGUCAACCAGUUGGAAAGUUAUUAACACAUCACCCGCGAAAAAAUGGACUGUUAUGAAUAGCAAAUUUAAAAUGAAAAAUGAACCUAAUGAAUUUAUUAAAACAACGAGUACAAUUAAGUUUAAUGAGGAAAAGGAAGAUAAAUCAGUUACUAUUGUUGAUGAAAAGUUGAAUACAGAUGUGACGAGGUUAGAAAAUUUUGAGAUAACUCCUUUAUCGCUUGACACUUUCGAGAAUUUUGAUAAAAAACAAGAAGAUUCAAAAGACGCCGACAAGGAAUUUACCCUCGGAAAGAAAGAAGAAUCUUCAAACUCAAACAUUUCUGUUGAGAGCAUUAAAAACAACAAAAUUAGAGAAAUGGAAGAGAGCAAAGAAGAAAAGAAGACAGAGGAUGAAAACAGGAGAGAAAAUAGUCUUGUGACAAAUCCGUCAUCUCUUGCAGAAGAAAAUAAUAUUGAGAAAAAUAUUGCGAAAUCAUCCGGGCUAAGAGAAGAAAGAUAUGUGCAUGAAAACAAACAAGUGGUUGAUGAAAUAUCAAGAGAGAAGAGCACCCUCGAUAUUUCCAUGAAAAACCUAGAAGAGCGAGAAAAAGAUCUUGCAAAUAAAUUCUCUUCUGAUGACGACUUAGAAAUAGAUGAUAAUAAGCUGGAAGAAAAGGGGUCUCAAAAUAAUGAAAAGCAGGACAGAAAAGAUUUAAGUUCUGCAUCAACUAUAUCAUCCUUUCCAAUUUUACCUCCAAUCGGUCAUAACUUUUUAUUGAGUGAAGAUGAGGAUGACGUUGACGCAAACAUGGAAAAAGAAGAGCAACUUGGAGCAUUCUGCAAGGAAAGGCUGGAUAAAGUUACUGAAAGAACACUUAGCGUGAUGUUAAUGGAGAUGAGAAAACUAGACAUAGAUCGAGAUCGAAUUCUCGCUCCUGCAGCUAUUAAUGCCCUCAUUGAGAAAUACAAAGUUCCAAUUGGCCCUGCCCUUCCAUUUCUUCACAGGCGAUUCAGAGACCCCAAGUUUGUUGGAAGUACUAACUACGAAAAAUUUAUGAAUUUUCUUGAAAUGAGAAGAUUUGAAAAGCAAGGAAAUGAAAAUAUGUUUAUUGAACAACAAAAAAGUUACAAUAACAGCACCAAUUUACUGUCAAAUGAGAGGAAAAUUAGUAGACCGAUAGAAAGAAAAACUUCAUCUCUACGAAGCAAAAUGUGGUCUGAUAGGGAUGAAACUUCGCUUAUGAUUAGUCUAAACAAGGCAAUUGGUAAUCAAAUAGUUGAUAUUGAUCGUUUAGCCCUUUUGCUUCGGGAAAAAGAUCUUACGGGAAAUGAUCAGGUGUCAAGCCAGCAGGUUUCGGCAAGCAUAAACUCCUGUGCACUUGUUCUCGAAAAAACAGUGUUUCAAAAGUGGUUGCAGGGGGCUGAUAUCACAGGAAAGGGGAAUUACUCCGUUCCAGUUUUAUUGGACACGUUGGAAAAGUCUCUUCGAGAAAACAUUCAGCAAAACAGGGAAAGUCGGAGUCGUGUUCCGAUUGCUAUAGGCACAAAUACAGCAAAAAAAUCAAAUGUGUCUCCUCCAACUUCAAGAUUACGGCCCUCUUCUAGGACAUCAACAUAUAUACCACCUCCAGUUCCGCCAACAAUUACUAGACCUUUAGGGUUUCUUCAGACUGAAACUGUAGAAAGUAAAAAAUCAAAAGAGAAAUAUCUGCUAAAGCUUCAUAGGGCUUUGGAACAAAGUUAUCAGAACGUGAACGGAUACUUACCCCCAGAAGAAUUGGAAAAUUUAAGCUUCGCAUACAGUACAGUUUACAAUUUGGGGUUGGACAAAGGAGAAAUCAACUCUGCUGUAAAUUAUGCAAGAACUUUGGAUAUACGGCAUGGCAUGAUAAGCAUAGAAAAGUACAUGCUGCAAAUCAAAGCCCAGAUAUAGGCAUCUGUUAAGAUAUAUUUUGUAAAAGAAUUUGUGAAUAUGUUUAGCUUUUAAAUUUAAAGCACAUAUUUCAUAUGUAUCAGCUAAAAAUUACACACUUUUUUCUCUAAUAAUAUUAAACUAAUCAUCAUAUUACAAGGGUUUCCAGUUGUAAUUACGCGUAACACUUUUUUUCACUUGCAGAGGAGCAUUAUGCGAAAUUACGUGCUAAUUUAGAAAACGAAAGAAAGUCUAAUUUUGCCUAAUUAAGGCUAAUUACGAAACCAUUCUGUAAUUAGUAAAGUUCAUAUUAAUUCUCAGAAAUGAAUAUAUCGGGAAAAUAUGUGUAAGGAUAUGUGCGAUACAACCAUGUCCAAUCUGAGCUGAAAACUUUAGAAUGGUGGAUAUCAGGAUUAAGGCUUAAACCACU